AUGCCAAAUCGAUAAUAUCACAUCGCAACACAUUCGGACCUUUCAAAUCAUUGGAUGAUUUAUUGUUAUUAGAUCAAUCAAUAGGUGAUGGAGUAAACCAACUUUGUAUUUCAAUCAUGCAAGACAAUAUGGAUGAAAUGAAACCUAAUUACAAGAUAACACCUAAUGUUCAGAUGAAAGAGAUGCCAAAAACAACACUAGGAAUUCAUAUAGGACCAACCUUGAUAAGUUGGACUUUAGUAGAUUGUAACCUUAAUGUAUUAGUUUGGAACUACAAACACUGGCAUGGUAUUGGUCCACGAAAGAAUUCUUAUAAUAUAAUCAAACUGGUGCCAUGUGUCCUUGAAAGUAUACCUGCAGCUGAGAAUUAUAUAAUGGAAGAUAUUAAGUUUUCAAAGAAUACAAUAGCUCCGUACAUUUUGCACGCUCAACAGCAAUUAUCUCUUUCUAUCAUGACUUGCUUAACGUUAAGAAAUGGGACCAGCGAAAUGUUAUCAUCCGCAAAUAAUGUCUAUGUGUUACAUCCCCAAACAACAGUACGUUAUUUCAAUGCUCUGCACAAUUUUCAAAAUAUAGAUACAAAUUAUCUCGUGAAUGUAACACCAACAAGCAGCGUUAUUAGGAUAAGUGACACAAAAUCAAUCGAUAUAUAUUUAAACAGUGACAUAAAAAAUAAAUAUUUGUCUGCAAACAUCGAUGAUCAGGAACAAAUGAGGUGGCCUCUGUUGAAGGUCUUAGCAUAUUUACGUAUAUUUGCAAUUAAAAAUCACAAUUAUAAUUGGUAUUUUUAAUUUUGAAAAAAUAGCAAAUAUUUAUAAAGUAAAUUUUAAUGAUUUCAAAUAUGUAAACUUUUAUUCCGAUUAUCAUAUACCUGUAAAUAAAGGAAUAAAUUAAUCCUCUGUGUAUGUAAAUAAAAAACAAUUUCUUUUUCUUAUAA